AUGGUGAUGCUGAAGUUGUUGGCCGUGAACGGUCACUCGAAGUCCGACGUGAUCGAGGUUGACUCGGCGGCCAGCGGGGCGGACCUCCUCGCCGCGAUCAAGGCCAAGCUGGGCUGGACCUUCACGGCGGCCAACUACCAGAACGAGGGGCGCGCGCGGGGCGAGCCGCUGCCUCUCGACCAGCCGCUCGGCGACACCCUGAAGGACGGCGCCACGGUCACGGCGAAGCGGGACAGGGGCGCCAGGCCGCCGGCGGCCACUCCGGCGCGGCGGGCGGCAGCGGCGCCGGCGAGCGAGGGCGGCAAGCCUCGCUCACGCUCGCGCUCCCCGAAGAGCUCGGCGCCGGACGGUGGGUCGACUCGCGAGAGCGGGGCCGCGAGCGCAGCCGCGCCCGCGGCGGCGGCCCAGCAGGCUCCGCCGCGCGCAGCCGCGGGGGCGCCGAGGGCGGCGGCGCCGCGGGUGGCGGCGGCGCCCCCGGCGGCGGCGCCGGGGGUCGCGGGGGGCGAGCGCGGCGCCGGUGUUGGCAGGCUGCGGGAGGAGCUGGCGCAAGCGCGCCGGAAAGCCGCCGCCGCGGCCGCGGCGUUGGGCGUGCGCGACCGGGAGCUCGCGACGGUGCGCGCGGAGCUGGCGCAGGCGCGCCAGGAGGCGGCCGACGCAGACGCGGCCUGCAGCAAGGUGGAGACGAGGUGCGCGGGCCUGACGACGGAGGUAGCCCGCCUGCAGGGCGAAGGGGAGGCGCUCAGGGGGCAGCUGAGCUACUGGCGCACGAUGUACCACGGCGGCCCGCACGUGGACGGCGUGGACUACCCUGGCAAGAAGGAGUUGGCCCUGCAGGAGCAGGUGGCGCUCCACGCGAAGAUCUCGGCUCUCCGCGAGAAGAACGCGAAGCUCUUGCAGGAAAACAGUGGCCCGAAGCUGACGGCGCAGGCUUGCUACAGCUGCUCGGGGCGGAAGGAGCAAGACCUGGCCCGCGGCCGAGGUGGCGGCGGCAAGGGGCGGGGCAAGCACGGCAGCGCGGCCUCCAACGCGGGCGGCGCGCCUAGCUGCGGCCGCUAG